AUGACCAGUACAUUUAGUAGUAUGCAGAGUGGUGGCUUCGAUGACCGACCUUCUCAGGAUUCAUUCUUCCAGGACCAAUCACUUUCAGAGACGCCCUCACAAUCAUUCCAGGGUCCUAGCACAGCCGGCACAAGCAUGUCAGCUACGACACUCAUGCAACAAGGCAAAAUCCCCCAGAUGGACGUCAUGCAUAUGGUGGGCCUGGCAAGGCUCGCCAAAAAACAAGGGAAUCAAUGGGCAAUGCCACCCACACCACGAGUAGCCCCCUACCCGACUACCCACCCCCAAAACCCACCUAAUCCAUCUGCACCUGAAAGGUCCAUGUCACAGAUUGCAGCACUAUCUGCACCCUCUAACUCUACCACUACCCUUCUGACAGUCCCGGACCCAACUGUCUGCCAGACGGUAAAGGGUGCAACCAAAAGAAUAUUGUGUGAACUAUUUACCAUAAAUGUGAUGACCACUGACAAAGUCACGAAAAAAACAAUGCUAACAAAUGCCAUCCGCAACUCAUUGCCACAAUGCUUCGGACAUGGUAUGAUGUUCAAAGACUUCAUCACCAACAAACACUGCCGAGAUGUCGCGAACACAUUACUCUUUCCACUGAUACACAGUACCACACCACCUGUUGUCUACUGUAAACUGGUGAUCAAGAAGAUCACAAUGGAGGGUGAUGGACUUGUCUUCAUGCACAUCUACACGUUCGACCAGAUACUGUUUUUUUACGCUGGCUUUGUGAAUCUUGUACUGCUCUUGUACUAG